AGGUACAGCUGAACUAGAAAGAGUGAAGUUUAUUUCCCUGAGUCUAGGUGUAGGUGUUCUCUAUCUCUAAGUAGCUUAUUGUGCCAGUCGCCAGUUUCCAACUCGAUAGGUUCAGUUUCAGGUUGACUUCCCGAUGAGGACUGGCGGUGUUUCAUGAAAAACACAGGAGAAGGUUUACGAAAUUAAAAACCCAGCCAUGACGGGAGCAUCUUCGCGAAGACCUCCGCAGGACAAAAAUCGUCCCUCCGCGAGAGUAGGAGCUGCUUCACGAUUGACCACCCUGCUGAUAGGUGGCAACAAGUCCGCUAGUACCGCCCUCGACAACAAAAGCAAGACGACCCAGAAACGAGGAACGAAAGCAAAAACAGUUCCUCCCAGCACGAGAAAUAAUAAAGCCGCUAGUGUAACCUUCGUCGCUCCGGGGGACCUAAUUUGCCGGAGUACCGAAAAUACGUCUUUGUUGAAGGGAAUCGGGAUAACCGAGCAAGUAGCGACAGGACUUGCUGGAGAAACUACAACGUCCGCCUCGAAGAAUAAAACAGAGCUCCGGGCGGCCGCUUGCGGGAAGCUGAAACAGGUUUCGCAAUUGAUUUUCGUUGAAACGGACCGGCAUUUUGCGCUCACAGUGGGCGAUGUUGUCGUGGGAAGGAUCGUUUCGGUGCUGAACGGGAAAUGGGCUGUGGACGUAUAACUUUUUUUCAGUGCUUGAUUUGUCAUGGGGUUUUGGCAAUAGGAGCGUGUGAGCGUCCACCUGGAAGUGGUCUGCUGAGACUGUUUCUUGCUCUCGAAAAUUUAGUAUCAUGUUCACAUGGAAUUCGCACGAAAGGAUAUACAACUUUGACUAGGAAAGCAAAUCAUAAAGACCAAGGUGAAAGGACGAAAAAGCAACAAGUUGUAUAUUAUACUUCCAUUAGAAACUUCUACAACCACACCUCCAACAGGUCGGGCAGCCGCGUUUGGCCACCCUUCCGCUGGCGGCCAUUCACCUGCCGAACAACGAGCAACGGCGGCGGACGGCGGAAGAUUUAUUGAACAUCCGGGAUUUUUUCAAGGAAAACGACCUCAUCGUCGCGGAAGUGCAGCGGAUUCUGCAGCCGGAUUCCAGUUAUGCAAUGCAAAAGUAACGUACUAGUAAAAAUUGCAUUACAAAUUGACUCAGCAUUACAAAUUAAAUUUGUAAUGCGGAUUUGCAUUAGCAAAAAGAUUUGUAAUGCAUAAACGCAAUUAGUACGAGUACGAUACUUUUGCACAGGAUUCCAGUUCCACCGCGGGAAGCCAGCAGGAGCAGAUCUUUUUGCAAACCCGGUCCGCGAAGUAUGGGCUGCUUCGGAACGGCAUCGCGGUGGACCUUUUGGGCCGGAACUUUUCCAACACCGGUUGUUCAUCGUCCUCAACUACUUCAUCGCAACUAUCGCGGAAAAACCCGAAUCUUCUCUACGGCAGCGACAUCUUGGGCAAAAGCCGCAUUGUGAACGUCAGGUGUAAGGUUCGGAAUUCAUCUUGUGACGAACUCGUGUUAAGGAGCACAGCAUCAAGUUGUGGCGCAGUAGAGAAGAACCACACACCAAGAACCGAAACAUCAACGACCGCCAGUCUGCAGCUGAUCUUUGGCGCAAAUGGAGUGGUUUUUGUCGGCGCCAGCCCGUGGCACGGAGUACAACAACGUGGGGAAGCAGGCGGAGACGACUCAUUGCAUUUGGCGAUUGACACACUGAAUUUUUCCUCGCACGCACGUAACGCAGACACAACUGAUGCUGCUGCAGCUGGUGGAGUGACAAGUAAACACAGGACUGCUCUGUCCAGGACUUGUCUACAAGCGAUCGCGCUGUACCGAAAGGCGCUGGAGGAGAUUUCCACUCAGGCCUCUUCCAGCAGUUGUGCAAAUGGACGAAAUGUAGGGAUGGAGGGUGAGAAAAUCUCUUUGAAGAGACUGGAAGAAAGAGUGGAAGAAAUUCAGCGACAGGGAUGAGUUUAUUUAGACUUGAUGUGGGCUUGCCGACGGGAUGUUCAACAUGCUUUUUUUGGCGAGCGUGAUCGCUUCAUCAUGAUAGAUAAGAACGUACAACAUUUAUUGUGAUACAAAUCAGCAUCUGAGACAACCCAACACAACGUCCCUCCUGCAAAGAUACGGCCUCCACACGACAACUGCAAGCACAUUUCUUGAUGAGUACUCUGCAUGUAUAUCCAUGUGAUGCGGACUUGCGCUUGGAGGACUCACCUCUAUAAAGCGAUGAUGGAGCUACGACGAAAGCAAUCAGCUAUAAAUGGAGAAAUUAGAGAAGGUGAGGGACCACGCGCGUCAGCGCGGAAAUAGAUAAUCCCAUCAUGGCACGGCACUUUCCAGGUUAACCACACUGGUCAGCCUCCACCAUUGUGUUCCGCAUCAAUAGGUCCACGUGCAGUUUUUACACGUCAAAUUUGUGAUGUUUGUUGUGGACGACCACAAACACAAGUAGCAAUGUCACGCGAGUUUCUUUUGAU